AUGGCUCCGGGGGCGGUGGGACUGGUUCUGCUGCUGUGCUGUGGGGCGAUCCGGGGUGAGCUCCCCGCCCCGGGCUCAUUUGGAAAGGAUGAAAACAUGGUGCAGCUGCCUGGGGGGAAGUUUCAGAUGGGAUCCAGUUCCCUGGAGAAGAGGAACGAAGAGGGGCCCGUCAGGGAGGUGACGGUGAAGCCCUUUGCUAUCGACAAAUACCCCGUCACGAACGGGGAUUUCAGGGAGUUUGUUAGAGAAAAGAAAUACAAAACAGAAGCAGAAGCGUUUGGCUGGAGCUUUGUCUUUGAGGAUUUCGUAUCUGAAGAGCUGAAAAAAAAAGUCACGCAAAAACUGGAGUCUGCCCCUUGGUGGUUGCCCAUCGAGAAGGCUUUUUGGCGACAGCCCUCGGGUCCUGGCUCCGGCAUAAAGGACAGACUGGACUACCCGGUGCUGCACGUGAGCUGGAACGACGCGCAGGCGUUCUGCGCUUGGAAAGGGAAGAGGCUCCCAACGGAGGAGGAGUGGGAAUUUGCUGCCAGGGGAGGACUGGAGCAAAGGGUGUAUCCCUGGGGAAACAAGUUUCAGCCGAACCGUACAAACCUGUGGCAGGGAAGAGGCCACUUCCCGAGGGCAGACACUGCUGAAGAUGGUUAUCACGGCGUCUCGCCGGUGGCAGCGUUCCCUCCUCAGAACAACUACGGGCUCUACGACCUGCUGGGGAACACCUGGGAGUGGACCGCGUCCCAGUACCCAACUGGGGGGCUCUCGGUGAGGCAGCGCGCUCAGAAAAUGCAGGUCCUGAGAGGUGCCUCGUGGAUUGACACGGCAGAUGGGUCCGCGAACCAUAAAGCUCGUGUUACUACCAGAAUGGGGAACACGCCGGACUCGGCUUCCGACAACCUCAGCUUCCGCUGCGCUGCCGACAUCCCGCCCGUCGCGGCCGAGAAAAGCCGGACCAAACCCGAGCUCUGA